CCUGGGCCGGAAGUCAGGACGCGGGGUCGGAAGCUGUAAGCCGAACGAUCGGAAUUCUGCCUGCGGGUGGACGGCGGUUGGGGGCCGUUGCGGGCUGUGGCUCUGCACCUCCGGCUCCGAAUGGAGGCGGGGUCUGGUCCCGGUUCUGGGCUCUGCUGCAAGCCUGGCGGGCGACUGGAUAUGAACCACGGCUUCGUGCACCAUAUCCGACGGAACCAGAUCGCCCGGGACAACUACGAUAAGAAGGUGAAGCAGGCGGCCAAGGAGAAGGUGAGGAGAAGACACACGCCCGCGCCGACGCGGCCCCGGAAGCCAGACCUGCAAGUGUACCUGCCGCGACAUCGAGAUGCCUCUACCCACCAAGGCAACCCAGACUAUGAAGAGUCCUGUGAAAGCAGCAGUAGUGGUGGCUCUGAGCUGGAGCCUUCUAGCCAUCAGCUCUUCUGCUUAGAAUAUGAGGCGGACAGUGGAGAGGUCACAUCAGUUAUCGUGUAUCAGGACGAUGACCCAGGAAAGGUGAGUGAGGAGGUGUCAGCACACACAGCUCUGGACCCACUCAUGCGAGAGGCCCUCAAGUUGCGUAUCCAAGAGGAGAUUGCAAAGCGCCAGAGCCGACACUGACCUGAUUGAAGGCAUUCUCUCCAGGCUGGAAUUUGCUGCUCUUCGACGAAUUCUCCCAUGGAGCUCAACCUUAGUCUGGGGGGGUGCCAGAACCAGUUUGAUCUUGAGAUCGGUGCUGCAUCCAUAAGAGUGUUACAGGACUACACCUGGCAUCCCUUGCAGCCAUUCUUUCUUAUAUGUUGGCCCAUUUGCCUAGCCUAAAAUUCUGGAACUUUCUGAGAAUUUUGUUUAGCUAACUUCGUGAUUUGGAAGCAGAGACUCCAGGGAGAGCCAGGGUUUGUGAAAGUUCAUGUCAACGUGGUGCUUUCUCACUAAGAUCAUAUGCCUGGCCACUACUAUUUUGCCCAGCUCCAUGAGCCAUAUUUGUUAUUUUUGGUUCUUUUUGUGCGUGCUUCUGCUCUUCUAUCCAUAUUUUCCUUGACCUUUUUUUUUUUUUUUAAGCUUUUUUUCUUUUCC